UUUUUUUUUUUAAAAAAAGCAGCUUAAAAGGUAGAUAUUCUCCCAGAUUCAGCCUGACAGCGUCCUGAGAAAACACAAAAUGAAUCCUGAAUCAAAAAAGCAAUUGAACAUCAUCGUUCUAGGAACAGCUUUCAUGUUUAUGUUUACUGCUUUCCAGACAUGUGGAAAUGUUGCGCAAACUGUUAUCACAAAUUUAAACAACACUGAUUUUCAUGGCAGUGGCUAUACCAGCAUGGCUGUUAUUUAUGGGGUGUUUUCAGCAUCAAAUCUGAUUUCACCAUCAGUGGUUGCAAUCAUAGGACCACAAUUGUCCAUGUUUAUCAGUGGCAUCUUUUAUAGCAUAUACAUUGCCGUUUUUAUCCAACCUUCUACUUGGACUUUCUACACAGCUUCUGUUUUCCUUGGAAUAGCUGCAGCUGUGCUGUGGACUGCUCAGGGAAACUGUCUGACAAUAAAUUCUAACGAAAACACAAUUGGCAGAAACAGUGGAAUAUUCUGGGCAUUAUUACAGUUCAGCUUGUUUUUUGGAAAUCUCUAUAUAUACUUUGCCUGGCAAGGGAAAACUUAUAUAUCAGAGAAAGACCGUAGGACUGUCUUCAUCGCCCUGACAGUGAUUAGUCUUGUGGGCACCGUUCUGUUUUUCCUUAUUAGAACCCCGGAAGAAUCAAAAACAGAGGAAGAGGAAGGCGCUUCUGAUGACUUUGUCGAACGCACGUCUGGCCAAAGCAAAAUGACAAGGGCUGUAGAUGCAUUUAAAAGAUCUAUCAAGCUAUGUGGCACAAAAGAGAUUUUGCUGCUUAGCAUCACAACAGCAUAUACAGGUCUGGAAUUGACAUUCUUCUCUGGAGUGUAUGGGACCUGCAUAGGUGCUGUGAAUAAAUUUGGUAAAGAAGAAAAAAGCCUUAUUGGACUCUCUGGUAUUUUUAUUGGCAUUGGAGAAAUAUUAGGUGGAGGAAUCUUUGGCCUUCUGAGCAAGAACAACCGAUUUGGCAGGAACCCAGUGGUGAUGUUAGGCAUUGUGGUCCAUUUCAUAGCCUUCUAUUUGAUUUUCUACAACAUGCCAAAUGAUGCCCCCAUUGCGUCCAUGCAGGGGACAGACAGCAUAGCAUUCAUGGAACCAAGCAAAGAAGUAGCAAUUUUUUGCAGCUUCUUACUAGGCCUUGGUGAUAGCUGUUUCAACACUCAGCUUCUCAGUAUUUUGGGAUUUCUGUAUUCAGAAGACAGUGCACCUGCAUUUGCAGUCUUUAAAUUCAUCCAGUCUGUCUGUGCAGCCAUCGCUUUCUUCUACAGCAAUUAUCUGCUUCUUCAGUGGCAGCUUCUGAUUAUGGCGGUGGUUGGGUUCUUUGGGACAAUUUCGUUCUUCACCGUGGAGUGGAAGGCACCAGCCUUUGUUGCCAAAAGCUCAGAUUACAGCAGCAUUUGAUGAAGGUGUUUUCAUCAACCUGAGACAAUAUUCACACUCACACCCACACCCAUUUAUUGAAAAGACUUGAUAGCAGAAAAACCAAACAUCAAUGUUUUAAAAAGUUUUGUCCCCUUAUUAACCAGUGGGGAUGGAAACCACAUACUACAACGUUGAAUAAGGACCUGGUGGUUGGGGCAUAAAAGCAUGCUUUUUGUCAUUUCUUCUUUCAGAGUGCCUGCAUUUUAGGCGUAUGACUAUCCAUUCUGGAAAUUCUACCGUUAUUCCUCCUAAUUAUAUUUCUUUUUCAUUUUUA